AAACGGGAGGGGAGAAAAGGUCUGGGGAAGGAAAAACGCAAGGAAAAGUGCUGAGGUGGUGUUAGUAGUUUGGGGCUUUUGGGUGUGAAAGUGUGCGUCUGUGUGCUCAGGAAGUUUCUUUCCUUGGCAGUGAAAGUGGUUAUCAAGAGUUGCUAUAAAGCAAAAACAAAAAAAAAAAAAUACAACUGUACAUUCAUUAAAGCUAGGAAAAAUGAUAUUAAUUGUAUGUCGUUCAUGUGUUUAGUUUGUGCUGUGUGUGUGUGGAUGAUGCGGGGCCACGAAGUUGCUACAAAACGCUUGUGAAAGUGUGAACAUUACAUAAGGAAUUUAGCAAAACUUGCAAAGACGAGUUACCCAAAAAAGAAAACGGGCAGCCUCACAUCACCAUCAACGCGGACAACAGCUUAACCGAACGUUUAAGCAAAACGCCUCAAAAGCAGCAAACAACAACAACAACAACAGCAACAACAACAUCUAGCUAUCCUUCGGAAACCACCCGUGGUGUAAAAUGCCCAAAAUUCUGGACAGUGAUAUCGACUCACCAAUUGCGAAUCUGAUCAAGCGCAGCGGCACGGCCACCACCACGACCAACAACAGUAGCAGCAGCUCGAGCAAGCAGAGCGCCCACUACUCGAACGAUACCACCAGCGAAAAGUCGGACGGCCCGUUCGAGGCACUCGUUGGGCGGCAUCACAUCGUAAGCGGCGGUGGCGGCAACUCCAAUUCGUCCUCGUCCUUCUUCUCGUCCGCGUACGACGCGAAGGAUGGCUCGAACGAGGGCGGCAGCAGCUUCGGCAGUGGUGGGGCGGCAAUCGCCGUAGCGAGCGGGAUGGGGGUGGUGGGACCGACGGUACCACUGACGCAACCGCAACCACCACCGCCCCCACCGCAGCCGGGUCAAAGUGCGUUCUUUCAAUCAACCGUCAGCCACCAUCAUCAGCCGCACCAUCGGGGCCACCGGUCGGACGGUGCGGACAGUGGAAAGGGGACCGGCAACGCCCCUGCCAACGCACCGGAGUCACGAGUCAAGAAGUAUCGCCAUCAGCAGUUCAGCAAGAACAUCUACAUCGGCACGAAGAAUGCGGAGAAAUGGGACACACUGCGGAACGUGCUGCUGUUCAAGAACGAUGUAGAGUUCGUUUCCUUCCUUCUGAAGCUCGCUGAGAGUAACUGCUGGAAGAAGGAUUCGCCACUGCUCAAUGGGUUCCACAGCGAAACGUUACCAGCGAAGUCGCAGGGUGCUACCAGCAAGGGCACCCGGACCAAAACAGGUGCCCGCGGAAAGCAACAGCUGCAGGAGCCGCAACACGAGGAAGACCAACAGCUGGAACAGCAGCCGCAACAACAGCAACUGCAUUCAUCAUCAAUCAGUUACGGCAGCUCAAAAUCGACCGGCAGCAUGGGAAAGAAAACCAAGAAAGUACAAUUUAAUAAGAAUGUAAAUAUAAUCCAUAAGCUUGAUAAUCGCCGGAGCGGCAAGAUGGUAUCCUUCAGUGAAAAAACAUUGGCAGACGAGCCGUCGAAUCUUUCGCAUCACGACGAAGAUUCUACGGCCAUACCUGAGGAGGAUGACGGUGGUGGGGGUGGUGGUGGUGGAGGUGGUGCUAUUGGCGAGGAGGAUGACGACGAGGACGAGGAGGAAGAUAUGGAGGAAGACGAUGAGGAUGAGGAGGAUGAAGAAGAGGAAGAGGAGGAGGAUGAGGAGGAGGACGAAGACCAGGGCGAGGAUAAAGAGGCGAUGGCCGGUAAGGUGGACGACGGGGUGCUUGAGAGUGAUGCGGUGCGUAAGGUGGACGGAUUUCUCAGCGAUAGUAAAGAACAGGACAGCAACGUUGUUAAUCACGACCCGUACCUGUUGGACGAUCUCGUGAAGAAGACGAUGCGCAAAACGCACCCAUCAUCGACGAAUCAACCGCAGCAAAGUAACGAGGUGCAGCAGGAUUCGAUCAGCAGCACGAUGGGAUCGGUUUCAGAGGAUUCACUAAACACGGAGACGGAGGUGCUAGACUAUCGCAUUGCCGAGAAGAUUAAGACCGAGCUGGAGGAGAAGCAGAAGCUGGAGCGCAAGACGCACAACGCGGAGGAGCUGCCGACGACGUCGAACUUUUUCGAACAAUGCGAGUUCGAUCCGAGCUCGGUCGAUGAGAAGCCGACGAUGCCUCACGUGAAGAAAGGGAGUGUUCUGGAGCGUUCGCGUUCGGGCACGGUUCUCGACCAGCCGGCAUAUGGUGGAGGACCUCGGAAGCGGGGCAGACGUGCGAACCAUGCGGCAGACUCGGGCAAUGUGGAUCUUCACAUCGAGUACGAGGAGCAGGAGUAUCGGCCACUGCCAGGAACGCGGAGUACCGAUGGGGGACCGAUCGAGAAGUCAAACUUUACCAGUCAGGCGAAGCAGUUACAGCUACAGCAUGCACCAGCUACGCAGCGCAAGACGAAGGGGGCGGGUUCCACCAAGAACAAAGUGUGUACCGGGUGCAACAUUAAGCAUGGCGCUGACUUGUGCCCGCUCAAUGCACCGCUACGAGCGAUCAGCAACAAAAUCGAGCUUAAUCAGUGGCUGGAGCAGAACGAGGAUUUGAUCAAGAAGCACAAAUUAUUCCUGAAACCGGCCGGUAAUGGGGAGGAUAUGGAUGACGAUAUGGACGAGCAUUACGAUGACGAUGAGGAAGACGAAGACGACGAUAUGGAUGAGGAAGAUGACGACGGUGGUGAUGGUAGUCGAGCGAACGGGAAGCUGGAGCUUAGUCCAUCGUUCUCGGAAGUGUCUGUACCGCCGGAGUUUGAAUUGCGCCUUUGUCCACAGUCGAGCGCUAAUAACGCUAUCAGCAGUACGACGCAGAACGAAGCUGUACAGCAACAGCAGGAGCAGCAUGCAAAGCUAAACCAACUGCAAGAUGUACCACUACAACAGCCACCAGUACAGGAGCAGCAGGAUCAAGAUUCUCUGAUGGAAUCUAAAGAUUCUUUACCACCACCUCCUCCACCACCACUGGCACCACCAUCGUCAUCGUCGUCGUCAAGUUUCGCCGGUACGAUAGGGAUGGAGCGGGAGUCGACACCGAAAAGCCGUACCGUUAGCGGGCAUGGGUUAAGCAUCUACACGAUCACCUUUAUUGCGAAGUAUACGAAAAUUGGACCCCUGACAGGGCAGAUUGUGCGCGAAACUGAGAUCCAGGAUGACUGCACGAUGCGCCACAUAUUCGAAACGUUCGAUGGUGUGAAGUCGACGUACACGAGCACGGAGAAUAAGAACUUCUCGAACUGGUUGCGUUACAUACGGCCGGCACGGAACCGGGAACAGAAGAACUGCGUACUGCAGGUACAUGACGGUAGUAUCUACUUCGUUACGAGCAAGGACUUGGAACCGGGCACGGAGCUACUCUACUGGAGUAACGAUAGUAACUCGGCCUGGGGCAAGAAGAAGAUGGAAAAAACGAACUGUGGAGGUUGCAACCUCAAGUUCGACCAUCCGUUCUACUACCGUACGCAUUGCUCAGUAUUUCACGAUCCAGGCUUUAGUCUUACGAUUCGUAAAUACCACUGCAAGGUGUGCGGUGCUGCAGUGCUCGGCAAGGAGAAUAUCAUGAAACAUGCCGAAAAGUUGCAUGAUGGCAAGGGAGCAUAUCAGUGUCAAUUUUGUCAAAAGUUCUUCCUGCGGCUUAACUACCUAGAAAUGCAUCGAACGUACGGUUGCAGUGCUAAUCCGCAGCGUACUCGCCCGCUGUGUGAUUUCUGCGGCCGAAAGUUCUGUCAGCCGCAGAAGCUGAAAGUGCACAUCAAGCGAAUGCACAGCGAUAUGGCGGACGUGUUGCGAGACUUUCAGUGCAAACUUUGCUCCAAGUUGCUUGGUUCGCGGGCCGCCUUGCAGCGACAUUCGAAGGAGGUGCAUAGUCGCAAUUCGGCCGUUGUCAGCUGUCCACGCUGCCAGAAGCUGUUCCAGAAUCGCUCGAAUUUGAAGAUCCACAUGCUCACUCACUCCGGUGUGCGGCCUUUCAAAUGCGCUGAAAACGAAUGUACGGCUGCCUUUACUACCAAACAGUGUCUGCAGUUCCACUACAAGAAGGUGCACGGAUACACUCAGGAGCAAAUGCCAAAGAUUGAGCGAAGCGUGGCAUACACGUUCGACGCUUACUCUGGAGGCUUAAAUGAUGGAAUCAUCGAUGAAGUUCAGCGUCGUCAGAGACAUAAGUCAUCAGCUUCGGAGGAAGGAGGUUAUCCCACCGAAAAGGUGGAACGGAAAAAGCGCUCCCGGCAUCUUAACCAUUUCGAUGAGACAUCCCUACAGCAGCAGCAGCACCAGUCCCAACUACAAACGCAGCUACAACAAACAGAUCUUUCGCAGGGUCUUCAGCAGGAAUCGAGUGACCCGACGAAGGUAACGUCUCAGCAACAUCUGCAACAACAAUCACCCCAACAUCCUCAGCUCGACUAUCCCAAUACACCACCCGCGCCGCAACGCUUAUCAACGCAUCCAUCAACCGCACAACAGCACCAGCUGGUACUUCCAAAUGCUGACGUGCUUCAGAAAGAUGGGGAACUGCACCAGCAAAAGAUGCUUCGCCAGCAACAGCAGCAGCAGCAGCAGCAGCAACAACAGCAGCAACUAUCCAUACAGCAAACGGCGGAUGAACAGCAGGACACCGUUGAUCAGGCAACAGGGAGUCAGAUGCAGCAUCACCAGCACGAACUACAUUCGGAUCCGCAGCACUCAGCGCUGGACGAUCAAGUGAUGGCCAAGGCCGAUCAAGAGGAGCAGACGAUGCAUCAUCAUCAUCACCAUCACCACCAGCAGCUGUCACGUUUGCCAUCACCGUUCUCGAACAAUUUGCUGAAAACGAAAAACAUUCUCGAAUCCUUCAACGAUCUCUGUCGCAACGAGAGCAACCUGUCGCUGCUGUCCACGAAAAUAACAUCCAUACUGAACAACAACCUGAAAGAUAUCGCCAAGGUGGCUGCGAUCGGUACAUCGGGUGGCAGUAAUGGCGGCAGCGUGGAGGAUAUCAGAAAGAACAUUAUCGAUCACCAGGGACAUUUGGAUGAGAGCCGUAGCGAUCGGCUGGAGGACAUGCAGCAUCUCGUCCAUCCACUGCCGGACGAACAGUCGAAGGCAAACAGCUUGAACGUCAGCCAGCUGCAUCGUCUCAACAUAUCAAAUCAGCUCGAUACCGGCUCGGGUUCCGCCUUACAGUACAAGACCAACAGCGAUGACGAUAUGAAGAACGUUAAUGAGGUGGACAGCAACUUCGUCGACAUGGCAUCGCUGGCGAGCAACUUGAAGUACAAAGAGUACAUCAAUGGCGGUGGUAAUGCCGGGCUGGUCAUAAGCAAGGGCAGCAAGAAGUGGAUCAGCGAUGCGGACCAGCUGCCGGGCGGUGAUGGACAGCAGGGUGAGUCGGGCGUUAUGCUGAGCACCGUCACUGGACGUGAUUUUCUCACGAAGCUUAUUAUGAACGGGAACGUGAAUACGCCACCACCGAAUGUGGCCGACGAUGAAGAGGAGGACGACGAUAACUCAACCAUACUGGAUGUGGUGGAUUCGAACAACCAGAACCAGCAGAGUUCCCACUCACAGAUCCAACAGUAUACAUCGAACUUUACCGGGCUUAAUUUGCCGGAUCUGCCAUCGUUCCAGAGCCAUGCGUUCCAGGGUCACUUCAAUCAUCAAACCCUGUUGGGUUCGUUCUAUAACAACACCGGUACGAGUGCGGGGCGGAACACGAUCAAUACGAUACCGACGUCCGCUAGCAUGCUGGUCGAAGCGGCCCUCAACUCGGUAAGCAACAUUAUCACGGAGGCGGAGAUCAGCACCAACAACAACCAAAACCAGGGCCUAAACAUUAACCACGUCGAUCCGGGCAGUGGGACGGACACGGCCAGCAACAAUGUGUCGACCAACUCGUUUAACGCGAGCAACAUCGACGAAUCGGUGGACGAUAUGAAGCUGCUCAAGUCACACCACUUCUCGAUGCAACUCAACUCCAUAUCGCAGUACUCGGCGCAGUCAACCAACGAUUCGGGCAUACUGUCCAUCCGGGGUGCAGGUAGUGCGACCGUUAGCCGACCGAAGUCGCGCGAAAAGAUCGCCAUCUACGAGGACAGUGAGAUGCUCAACUACGAGAAUCAACAUCUAAGCCAGCAGCUGCAGGGCACACCGCACAAACUAACCUCCAGCGUGGAUUCGGUGCGCAGUGCCCUGUCGCCGGAGCAAACCGGUGACUUUAGCUACGCUGCUACACCGAGCACCUCCAGCCGGCAGCAUAUCGUCGGUGGUUCGCCGGUACGUUCCAGCUCGCGGCAGAUCUAUGCGGAGCAUGAUCUGAUAUCGCCCGCUUCGACACCUUCGUUGCCGCGGUACGACUUUGGACCGACGGACAACAAUUACAGCAGUGCGCGCCGUCAGGAUGCUAAAACGAUUAGCUCGCUCACGCUGGAAAGCUUCGAAUCGAACCUCAAGGAUACGCACCACAUGCAGCAGCUGUCUAGUGACGAGGAUAACAGUAUUGUAAUUGCUGAGAAUCUCUCGGUAAAUGCUGUAUCGACGGAAGAGAAGCUAAAGCUGUCGAAUGCUUCGGCUGCGGCUGCAACGAACAGUGCAUCGAGUGCGGGUAGCAGCGCGACCGAAUUCAUACAGCAUCAGAAGUACGGUGAAACGGGACGUACGAUCGGUGGUUCCAACCUGCCUGCGACGGCAGAUAUGCGCAUCAAGUACGGCAAUGACGAGCUGGUGGACUUCCAGCGGAACAGUAUCGGUGAUGCGUCCGACUUCCAGGGACUGGAUAUGUCCUCGCGUUCUUCCGUAUCCGCAUAUCAUCAUUCAAACUUCCAGCUGUCAACGCAAGCGAGCAGUAAUCUGCACUUUAACCGCUAUCACCAUCAUAUUUAUGAUAUACUGAGCGAGCGUGAGCAGCAACAGCAGCAACCCCAACAACAGCAACAACAGCAGCAGCAGCAGCAGCAGCAACAACAGCAGCAGCAACAAUCCCAACAACAUCAUCAUCAACAGCAGCAACAGCAACAACAACAACAACAGGGGCAACAACAUCAUCAACAUCAACACCAGCAUCAUCACCAUCAACAUCAGACACAGCAGCAACAACAGCAACAACAACAACAGCAACAACAACAAUCACAACAACACACGCAACAACAGCAACAGCAAGACUCGUUCCAGCUGGAGCAAACACAGCUGCAGCAUCUCGUGCAGGAGCACGUACAGAGCCAAGACUCGGAUGCAGACCAAUCGGUAACGGUGGAUCUAAGCCGAAGCUCCAGCUACCUGGUACAGUCACCGCCGACGCCUGCCAUCUCGUACAGCAGCCACCAUCACCCGGAUAUGAUACGCAUGGUAUCGCUGGAUCUCAGCUCCAACACGGGCUCACACCAUUCGGUCAACAACGGUUCGCAUCACGCUGUACGUCACGCAUCCUUCAUCUCCUCCCAGAUACAGCCCGCCGAACAUCAUCGUUUGCUCGCGGGCGAUCAGCUUUCGGCUAGCAACCAUAGGCUGCUAGUGAGUGAUCCCGCCACACAUCUGAUCUUCGAGCAGAACAACAGGCUACUGUCGGAUGCGACCGGACAGCCUGCACCGCCUCCACCGCCACCACCACGCCAUGUCGUUUCGCCGACGCGUGGAUUUGGUGCGUACCAUCACCAUCAUCACCAUCACCAUCAUCAUCAGGUCAGCUCGACCAACUACCACCAUUCGAUGAAGCAAAACAUUGCCUCACCACCCAUCAACCAGCACAGCUCCACGGCUGCGGCUUAUCAUCCAUUCCCCACCUACUACUAAGGUGAGGUGCGUGUUGUCUUGCAUACAGGAGCGGCUUCGCUAACACCCUCAUAUGAUCAACGAUCCUAGUGUACAGUUCGGACAGGAACGAAAUUGUCUCCAAGUAGCCGAUGAGCGUGUGAAAAACAAAGGUACGAAUUUUGACUGAGAAACUGAGAGUUGUGGUCAUGAUGUCCACCAUAAAGAUAACCAAUGUCUAGCCCAACUAGCUAGUAACUAGUACUGCUCGCUGUCAGUAGAGAACGGUGAAACUAUAGUAUAUUGCUCCACUCACGUCAGCGCACUGGACUUUGCUGCUCUUUCUUCCAAAAAAAAAAAGAAAAACGCCGAAAGAAGUGGAAUAGCUGCAGUAACAUUUCCACCCUGUUUAUUGCAUUGUUAAGCAGCCGUUAUUAAGCUGAAUGACAACGUGACCGCAUGACAGCGAUCUACUUUUACUAGCAAAACUAAGAGAGCUUUAUCUGGUGAGGCUUUUACCAAAACAAAAGCAUCACCAUCCAUGAUGGUGUGGAAUCCUGCACUAGACGAUGUAAACUUACACAUCUAAGUGUAUGCUGUUGACAGCUGUCAAAGCUGUCAAAAAAGAGAAGAGAAACAGCGGCGUGAAACAGAAGCUCUCUAAGUGAUGGGUCGGGAUGCAAACCGAACAAACGAAUAGUAAUUUAACGGUCCCACCAAAUGUUGCAAAAUAUGCAAGUGCAUCGUUUAAACCUCGAUAACGAUAACGGAUUAUAACGCUACGAAUUAUAACAAGCACAACAGGCGGCAAAAAGCAAGAAUCUGUCAUAUUGCUAUAGUUGAAUUAAUGAGCCAGGAAUGCUGUCGCUAGAACCUUCGUGCGGACAGCCGCAUUGAAUUGCAGAAGCGACGGUAUGCUUUCGGUCACUAUACAGGAUUAGAUGCGCUUCGAGAUCGUUUGCGUAAGCUUCAAAGGCUCUCCUUCUGCGCGUACUUAGUCCCGGGAGUAUAAAUGUGCCAAACCCCAAAAAGGAAAACCAAAACAAAGAAAACAUCAUUCAUUCGAAUAUCCCUCCUACAGCUGUAUAGGAUAUAUUUUCUCUAGAUUAUAGUUCAUCCAUCGCUAAUUUCACUGUAUCUCAGGAAGGACCAAAUGCACCAUCCCGCAGUUGAUGUUUUUCGUUUACUUGCCAGAAUGUGUAUUGCGCAUCAGCAAACCCUGCAAACACUCUAUUAUCGGUUUUUUUCUUGGUUUGCGUUACAACACUUACACAAUCGUAACGAUUUUGGGAAGCAUAUUACGGGAUAUCAUUUGUACAGUGCUAUGGACAGAUAGCGGUUUGUUGAAUUUGUCUUAAUAGGAGAAUAUCUUACAUUUCAGUGUUAUAUCUUCCAUGCAUUCCGACACCUACGGAUCUUAUUAAUGUCAAACAAUGUUCAUGUGUUUCAGUGUCGUCAAACAAACGAAAAGAAAAAGAUGAUCCCAUCCCAAUCAGCAACAUCAGUGGAAGGUUGAGUUAAGUUAUUGUUUUCCUUUUUUUUCUCCCCCCGCAAUCCAUUGUUUCGUUCACCCCUGUUCCCUGUCUAUUCAAUAAUUACAAAUAGAAUUUGUGUGUUAACAAUCAAAUGGAAACAAGAAGAAGAAGAAGAAGAAGAAGAAGGAAAAAAACAUAAUACACGUAAUCCUUUCACAGAUUUAAGGAUCUAAGCAGCAUUGUAGAAUCACAUAACACGAUGAAAAUGAUCUUGAAGAAGUAUAUUACUUAUUCUGGUUUAAUGUGAAUAGGGCAUCAAGCUACACGAUGUGGUGUAACCGUAAAAAAACAGAAUUUAUAGAAAGAAGCGAACGAGGACGAAAACAAUGAAAAAAACACAAAAGAUAGCCAUGAAGAUGCUGAACACUGUCAACACGAUAAAAAGUGCAAAGGAAACCAAGUAAUGAACAGAGUAGCGCUGUCCUUUAAAAAGGCCAAGUGUAUUAUAAAUAGAUCGUAAUAAAUAUAUAAAAAAUAA